AUGGAUCAGUUUGAAUAUAAAAUUAUCCUAGAGUUUGAAAGCCAAGAUCAAGUCGAAUCCGCUUAUCGAGUUUUUAAGGACGUUUCAAGCAAAUCUAUCUCUGACAGUACCUGGGAAGAAAACAUAGAGGGUGACAAUCAACAGUACCAAAAUUGGAGAAUUGGAAACUGGUCAGUAGAUAUGUUAACUGAUUUCACAAACCAAACAUCUAAGGAAAAGGAAACCGAUUUGAUUACUUCACAAUACUUGGGCCAUGGAAUAAUAAGGUUAUUCAAAUUAAACAAUGCCAAUGAUCCUCGUGAUGAAAAGGACAUUUUGACUAUUCCUGGUGAUGAUACCAUGAUCAGUAUCUUGUUUGUUCCGACAUACUUCACAGUUCAUGACUUACUGCAUUUUUAUAUUGGUGAUGAUAUUGUUAAUAAUCAAGUUUCCAACUUUCGUAUACUAAGAAAUCAACAAAAAGGCAUCGGCUUUAAUUUUAUGGUUUUAAUCAAGUUCAGAAAUGCGAUUGAUGCAAAUAAUUUCAAAGAUGAGUUCAAUGGUAAAAGCUUUAGCAGGAUGGAUCCAGAAACUUGUCAUGUUGUUUCUAUAAAGGAGAUCGAUUUCCAAAGAAAACUUUUCCAAAGACCAGCCGCUAAUGAAGACUUCCCUUAUCUGCUUACUGAUCCAUUUACUGUGAAAAAGAAAAGAGAUCUGGUGAAAGUUGAACUACCGACAUGCCCUGUCUGCCUGGAAAGAAUGGACUCGGAGACAACUGGAUUGGUCACCAUCCCAUGCCAGCAUACUUUCCAUUGCCAGUGCCUGAACAAAUGGAAAAACUCUAGGUGCCCCGUGUGUAGGCAUUCAAGUCUGCGGUUAAGCAGAGACUCUUUAUUGAAACAGGCGGGGGACUCCGCACACUGUGCCACAUGCAGUUCCACCGAUAAUCUAUGGAUAUGCUUGAUCUGCGGUAACGUUGGAUGUGGCCGGUACAACUCUAAGCAUGCUAUAAAGCAUUAUGAGGACACGUUACAUUGUUUUGCUAUGGAUAUACGAACGCAAAGAGUGUGGGAUUAUGCAGGAGAUAAUUACGUCCAUCGACUAGUGCAGAAUGAAGUUGAUGGGAAACUAGUAGAAGUUGGCGGGUCCGGUAAUGAUAUUACCAAUGAUACUGGUAAUUCUGAUGAACUACAAAACCCGGCUUAUGACAUCAGGGGUAAAGGGAGUGAAGGGUCAAGCUCCAAUAAAAAAGAUGGAGAACUGGCAGCAAACUUCUUGAGACAUAGGGAAUACCAUCUAGAAUACGUGCAAGUGCUGAUUUCUCAAUUAGAGUCUCAAAGAGAAUACUAUGAACUGAAACUUCAAGAACAAAACCAAAAUCUUUCUGAGAACUCGAAGCUAGAAAGCCUACAAAAGUCUAUGGAAGAUUUGAAACUGCAGUUUCAAGCUGCUCAAAAUGAAUGGCGUAAGAAGGAAAUCAUCCAGAAAACCAAACUCGAAGAAGACAAACUAGUCAUUGGGGGGUUGCAGGCCAACUUAGAUCAUUUGACAAAAAAGCAAGAACAGCUAGAGCAAGAGAACAAUAAAUUGGCCGAAUCCAAGCAGGGUCUAGAAGAACAGGUCAGAGAUCUAAUGUUUUACCUGGACUCUCGAGAACAAUUCAAAGACGCUGAUGAUAGCGUCAAAGAAGGUACCGUCUUAGUACAACAGACCCUGGGAGGAGCCCAGGCAUCUAAAAGCAAGAAGAAACGCAACAAGAAGAAAAAACCGGGGAAGUGA